CGUAGAGGACAAGAAGGAAACGUAACACCAAAGUUAGAGGGCAUCUUUGUUGGGUGUUUAAAGUUUGAGUACCAAAUUCGAUAUUUGAUCACUUUGUGAAAACUGAAAAGCCCAUAAACUAAAAUCCCUUCCCCCCGCCAAAUCGCCGGUUGCGGAGAUCCUUACUGUCAGCGGAACUGCUGGAACACCCAAGUUGGUGAAAAAGCUCGGUUCUUUCCUUGAUUAUGCAAGUACCCAAAUGGCGAAACGUGUUAAUCGUGAAGAACAACUUGAUUCCAGCUCUUUCUCAAUCGAAUCUGAACACCUCCUCCGUGGCCUCGAUUCAUUCGACGGCCACUUCCUGCGACCGGUCGAAGAACAAGGGAAAAACUGAUCAUGUGAGAUUCGCGGUACGACAAAAACGUGCUGAUACAAAGAAGGCUUUGAAGCAUCUCCUCUUCAGUAAUGGAGCCUCACCACCGCGGCGUCAGGAAGAACGAUUGUGGAACUUUGGUGCAGAAGACAGAUUUACUGCUGACAAGAAAAGACAUUCAAAUUCUUCAAGUCAACGUACAAACAGAAGGGGUCAUAGUGUCAGGAUGAAGCGCAAGUUUCGUAGAGACACCUCUGGUGAGGACUCAGAUGAUCCCGAGUCCAUAUUCCAAGCGAAAUUCGGGAACAAAUGGUACACUUGGUCCUUCCACCAAGGGUUUGCUUCCCAACGAUCAAACACAGAGUCUACCCACUGGACAUUGAAGAGAAGCCAAGAAUGUGGCAAUGGAAGUGAACCCAAGUCUGAUGGGGAGUCACCCAUCGUUGUCGGAUCAUUUUCCGACAGAAGAACCCUCGGUUUGCCCUUGUCCUGCCCUCUGGAGAUCGAAGAAGUGAAGAACGCGUUUCGAGAGUCAGCACUGAAAUGGCAUCCAGACAGACAUCAGGGCGAUUCCCAGGCCACGGCUGCUGAGAAGUUCAAGCUAUGUGUUAGUGCAUAUAAAUCAUUGUGUUCAGCUCUGUCAUGACUCGUGAGAACCUUGGGGCCGCAGCCAUUGGCCAUGUCCACCCUGGGUUAUGAUCAAAGAUCGCUCCAUCCAUGGUUUACGUGGAUGGCUAGAGCCUAUGAAGGGGUUGCAAUCUAGGUCCUUGAUAGCCACCAUUCUGUUACUAAUAACGUGGAGCUUUUAGGAUUACUCGCCAUGGUCAUCGAUCAAUUCAGUUAUCAAGUCAGGUGAAAUCACACAGGUAGAAUCUACCUAUUCGACAGCAAUAUGUGACAAUUGACAAUUCUUUGAUCAGUGAUGAAUGAACAUUGUACACAAAUUGUUACAUCUAUAUUUUUUUUUAUAAGGUUGAUAAAAUUAAAUAAAGAGAACGGG